GGCAGACUGUGGAAGUGGCGGAGAGGAAGGUGGAAGCCGGGAAACCGGCGGAGCAGAGGUCUCGGCCGCCGAAGUCCUGCGUUGGGGCGUGACAGUCGUCCCGAAAGGCCAAGCCCAGGUUGGCUGGCGGCGCGGGUGAGAGGGGCCCGCGAGAGAAUGGUUAGCCAGGUAGGGACAAAGGAGCCGAGCAGAUGAACCGGGCUGGGGAGCGCGACUCCAUCCCGGAUGCGCUGAUCCGAGGGCGGCUGCCUUGGGUGGUGGGUACUAAGCCCAGGACUCGAGUUUCGACCACUGAGUCGAGUCCCACAGCACCCGGGUUAGCAGGAGAAGCUGCGUCUGGAGCGAAUGACAGAACUGUGUGAGCAGAAGAAGCUGCGGGACUGGAGAGCAGACCCAGGGACCUUAUAAGUUCCUCUGGAACAAGAUGGGAUACCAUUCUGGAAGUUUCAUGUAGUCUUUAGGAAAAAUUUCGUCCUUUUCUUCUGUACACUCUCACCAUGACCCUGACAAAAGGUUCCUUCACCUACUCCAGUGGGGAGGAGUAUCGUGGCGAGUGGAAGGAGGGUCGCAGACAUGGUUUUGGACAACUGAUGUUUGCAGAUGGUGGCACCUACCUGGGUCAUUUUGAGAAUGGACUCUUUAAUGGUUUUGGGGUACUGACCUUCUCAGAUGGCUCAAGGUAUGAAGGGGAGUUUGCCCAGGGCAAGUUUAAUGGCGUUGGAGUCUUCAUUCGACAUGACAACAUGACCUUUGAGGGGGAAUUUAAAAAUGGCAGAGUAGAUGGUUUUGGCCUGCUGACUUUCCCUGAUGGUUCUCACGGAAUCCCCCGCAACGAAGGUCUAUUUGAGAACAACAAGCUGCUACGGCGGGAGAAGUGUUCUGCGGUGGUUCAGCGGGCUCAGAGUGCCUCCAAGUCAGCCAGAAAUCUCACUGCUUGAUGGGGCAGUAUGCACCACCUGGAACAGCGUCCGUAAAGCCAAUGACCACCUGAGGCGAACAAAAUGAACCAGAUCUGAGAUGAGAUGAGAAUGACCACAGAGCCAAAGCCUGUGAUGUGCCCCAUCACCUGCCAAUCAGGAUUUGAUCACAGAAAGCGCUGAGGAUUUUGGCCCAAAGACCCUGAAACAGUGGUUAGCAAUUGUCUUCCUGAUGCUUAUUUGCUGGAGACAGGAGCUGUGUUUUCUUUUCUUUGUGGUUCUGGAAAUUGAACCCAGGGGCACUUAACCACUGAGCCACAUCCCUCACCCUUUUUUGUAUUUUUUUUUUUUUUUUUUUUUAGAGAUAGGGUCUUGCUGAGUUGCUAAGUGCCUCGCUAAGUUGCUGAGGCUGGUUUUGGUGAUCCUUCUGCCUCAGCCUCCAGAGUUGCUGGGGUUACAGGUGUGCACUACUGUGCCCAGCCACAGUAGCUGUGUUUUCUUACUUGUUGGUAUUUCCUAUUCCUAAAACCUGGUGUUACCCAGUGCACACUGGCUGCAACCUUCACUCCAUUGCUGCCACGUGAUUCAGAAUCUCUUUAUUCUGUCUAUGUUUGGGGCAGAUGACCCUAGCCCCCACUUAGGGCCAAUGCUGUGCAUGGCCCUGGAGAAAUGAGGAAAAAGAUAGGGGUGUCUUAGAGAGUACAGUGGCCCCGUGAAAGUCAAAGCCAGAGCUUUUCCGUACAUCAGCCUCUCGUUCACUGCAGUUUGAAUCCUGGCUCCAGACUCCCACUUUGUCUGAUCAGACUAGUCUUUGCUUGUUUCCCCUGUGAAGGAUUUGGUAAGAGUGUGUUUUCUUCUCUCUUGACUUUACAAGUCAUCUUCCUUACCUGAGUUAGGGCACAUAAUCUAACCCCCAUUUGUGUCUCUUCUUCCUUAGACAUCAGAUAGGAUCUCUUUGUGGCCUAGUCAAGAAAGAAACUGAUGUAAUAGUAACCUUAUAACUUGUAUUUGUUACUCACUGCAGGGCAAAGGGCAGACAUAUCCAGGCCAUGAGGCCCUCCCGCAGAGCGCACUGAAUGCUAGGGAAGGCCUACAUUGACACAGUUCUUUCCCUGUAGGUGGUAGAGCAGACUCACCUCAACCCCUGGGUGUAGGUAGACUUGGACCCAUCCUGGGACUGCAGUGAACUGAACAAGCAUUGACUCCUUCUCACAUUUGACUUGCUGUGACUUUCCCACUAAGAGCCUUGAUCUUCAGGCCUCAGUCAGUUCUUGGCAGGUAGAAUCAGGAGGCCUCCAGUGACUGCAGGACCCAGACACACCCCAGAUCCCAUCUUCACACUAAAUCUUCCUCAACAGCAGACUGUGGUGGAAAUUAUAGCCGUGUGCCUCUAUUUAUUCUGUGAACUGUAUUGUAGAAUCAAGUGCUCAUAGGAAUAAACAAAUCACCAGAUCUGCC